GCCGAGCAACAAACACAUUUAUCAAAAAACAAACAAAUCACCAAAUUAGAUACUAUAGCCAAUGUUGAUCAUUUAAUAGACUCUACUUUUUUAUUUUUAUAAAAGAUUGUAAUCACUCACUUCUAAAUUUCAUCUUUGUAAGUGACAUAUUAGAAGUUAUCCUCGUGAUCUUCUCAUAUAUAUUUUUUUUACUUAUCUAAAUACAGGUACAAGGCCUUGUAUGUUUUUCAUGAUAAAUUUUUUCUUUCUUCUAGAACGUGCUAGGGCCCAGGGAGCAAAAGAAAAUAUUGCAUGGUGAACGUGUUGAGUGUUGACGCCUUUUUUCUAAACUACAACACUUUUUUUUUUAUGAUUGGGUACCCCACUCACUCGUCAUUACCAGCUAAAUUCCCUAAUAAAGUAGUACUACUAUUAACUCUAAUACGCUAACAUCUUUUGCCAUUAGUCAAACGCUUUUAACAACGUAUUUAAUUUGCAAAAUCUAUCCUGUUACCAUAAAUGAUGGGUUAAUAUUUUGAAUUAGAGAGAAUUAAAGAGAGGAGAAGAGAAGAGCAAGAAUAUGUCAGCAGCAUCAACAAGGACUCAAACCCAAAAAUCUAAUCCAAAAUCAUUUUUUCUAAUAUAUUUAGUUGUGAUGGUGGCUUGUUUGGCAUGGGCUGACAAGGCUCUUCGCCCUCCCCCACCAAAACUCUUGGGUUCACCCGGUGGGCCGUUGAUAACAGCUCCGAGGGUCAAGCUCAAAGAUGGAAGGCAUUUGGCCUACAAAGAAUAUGGCUUGCCAAAUGAGAAAGCCAAGCAUAAAUUCAUCUUCAUUCAUGGCUUUGACUCCUCAAGGCUUCGUGCUUUCAUUGCCACUGAAGUUUCUCCUGAUACAAUUGAAAGCUUGGGGUUAUAUAUUGUGGGAUUUGAUAGACCCGGGUAUGGAGAAAGUGAUCCGGACCCAAAUCGAACACCAAAAAGUCUUGCAUUAAAUGUAGAAGAACUUGCAGAUCAACUUGGUUUAGGCCAGAAGUUUUAUGUGGUUGGCUACUCUAUGGGUGGAGAAGCUGUAUGGGGUUUGCUCAAGUACAUUCCGCAUAGAUUAGCAGGAGCUUCUUUAAUAACACCUGUGGUCAACUAUUGGUGGUCUAGUUUUCCAGCAAACUUGUCAAGAGAGGCAUACUACAAGCAACUUCCACAGGAUCAAUGGUCCUUGCGAGUGGCACACUAUACACCAUGGCUAACUUAUUGGUGGCAGACUCAAAAGUUGUUCCCUCCUUCAAGUGUUAUCGCUUACAGUCCUGAGAUAAUGUCUCCUCAAGAUAAAGAACUAAUGGCCAAAUGUGAGAAACCUGAGAAUGCGGUUCAUGUGAGGCAGCAAGGAGUACAUGAAAGUAUUCACCGAGAUAUGAUGAUUGGAUUUGGAAAAUGGGAAUUUGAUCCAACUGAAUUGGAAAAUCCAUUUCCGAAAAAUGAAGGAACCGUUCAUCUUUGGCAAGGCGAUGAAGAUAUGCUUGUGCCAGUUACGCUGCAACGUUACAUCGCUCAAAGGUUGCCUUGGAUUCAAUACCAUGAGCUACCAGGUGCUGGGCACUUAUUCCCUUAUGCUAAGGGAAUGAGUGAUGCUAUUGUCAAAGCACAAUUAUCAGUUGAGAAUUAGUAAAUUUGUAAACACGAUUUAUACAUCGGAUUGCAUGUAUUUAAAAACGAAGAAGUACUUAUUAGGUUAAUUUACGUAGAUCAAUAUCUACUUAAUGGAUUCAUUUAAAGAAUUAAAGCGAUCAACAUCUGCUUAUAAUCGUGUAACUUAGAGAGAUCAAUAUUAUUUACUUGGUGUUUGUGAUCGAUAUUUUUUAGCUCAUAGUAUACAUUUGUUUGUAUCAAACUUUAAGCAGUACCAAGGGU